AUGACAUCGAAAGUCCCCGAAUUCAUCCUCCUGUGUCAAGACGCAGCCUUCAUAACAGCCUUUAACGAAGCCCUGAGUCACCUCUGGCCGGGGUACAAUCCGGACAAUAUCAAAAUCACCACACUCAACGAGCGCCUAAACAGCCUUCCGCCGUCAACAAAAUUCGACCUGAUCGUCUCCCCAGCGAACUCUUACGGGCGUCUAGAUGGCGCGUUUGACCACGCUAUCUCGAGAACAUUCAGCCCGCCCAAGGAUUACCAUGCUCUUACUCGUGCGGCGCAGCUAGUUCUCUACGACAGAUGGCGAGGCUUUGCACCGCCUGGUACAUGCACCUUAGUUGAGUUCCCAGAGGAACUGAAGGCAAACGACUUGGGCUGUAAAUGGGUAGCGCUGUGUCCGACGAUGCGGGAGCCGGAGGAUGUUAACUGGGAUCGCGAGGUUGUGUAUGAGUGUAUCUGGAGUCUACUGUGCCAACUCGAAGGUCAUAACCGAGGGUCCUCUGAGCCGAUUGAAACGGUUCUCAUGGCGCCGUUGGCGGCUGGUAUUGGGAAAGUGAGUAAGGAGCGCUGGGCGGCUCAGACUGUCACGGCGAUGAGGCAUUUUAUUGAAGCGGUUGAGAGACCUGAUAUUUGGAGUUCGUUGCAGUGGGAUACCAUUGAGAAGAUUUGUGAUGAUGUAUCGGCGACCUGGAAGGAGAAAUAA